GAUGAAUUUUCGGGUGAUAAGGAACGCAUAGCGCGCUUUCCUAGAAAAUGGGAAUAAGUUCACCAAUGCGGAUUUAUAUUUCGAGUGUGUUUUAUUUAUUUUUACCCGUAUUUGGAACACUAGCAGCUGCAGAUAAUUUCGGAUUGUUGUACGGGACCCUGAAGUCUUUCCAGGCACAUGCGUGUGACGGGGAAGAGUUGCGUCUCAACUGCAGCGGUAACACCGCCAUCGCAGUUAACUAUUUCUUCUAUGGAAGGAGGGAGCAUUCCGAAAACCUUUGUGUGAAGUCACGCCUCUACGCCCCCAUACAGCCCUGUCAGUUGAAUCAAGCCCUCAAGGUGAUAGAAAACAGGUGUCGAAGCCAAGUGCUGUGUCGUUUGUUGAUUUCUUCUGAUAUAUUCCAAGAAGUUGAAGUCGACCCCUGUCCUCACACCAGCAAGUACGCCGAAGUCAUAUACAAGUGCAGGCCAGAAAGUUUUCGGAAUAAAGUUGUGUGCGAGGGGGAAAGCUUACACCUUUCCUGUCCGUCCAAUCAGCGAUUGGCUAUCUACGCUGCAACGUUUGGAUCCACGAAAUCGGAAAUUGACGAAUGCCCACAACCAACCGGACGCAGAGAAGAGUGCCAGGCUAGUUAUGCCACGGAGACUGUGAUGCGGCAGUGUGUCGGCGAACAGAAAUGUACUGUAGUUGCAAACGUCAGCACGUUCGGAAGUCCCCAUUGUGCUGGUCGGAAGCACCUGAAGAUUGCAUACAGCUGUGUGAAUGGAGAAAUUCUCAACACAGAGUUUCGCGGAUUGACCUCCGAAGAAGAAAUGAUUCAUACCACCCUCCUUCCCCGCAUGGGCACAUGCUGUGGACCAUCAAUCUGGCGGCAGCAAGAAGCAAACUCGGCCCAAACUGUCCAUCCUUUUAAAUCUGCUCCCACGGAACCUUCUAACCUGUUCAAGUCUGAAAUGCAAAGCGACGAAGUGUCCUCUGGUGACGAGCAAAACAAACCCACUCAAAACAAGCAGCUCGUCGGAUUUAUGUCAGAAUUGAUGUCGGCUAGAAAAUACAUGGAAGGCAACAAGCACAAAUUGAUUUUGUACGUCUCUUUGAGUGUGGCAAUAGGACUCAUUGCUUUCGUCUCUGUGCUAGCAGCCCGUCUGUACAUUAUUCGAAUGCGAUCCAGAAAAGACAAUCUUCCUCCUGCCCCCGAAGACCCCUUCUUCAGCGACAGCGAUCUGGAACAAUUCGAUCCGCCCGACGAGCCCCCGGUGCCUACAGUGUCAUAUUCAACCCUUAGAAGGCACGACAGUGAUGCUCAGCCUAGAACUCCAAUCACAGCAGCAGAUGAUAAAUAUUUUAGUUGAAAAUGGAAGGUUUAUAUCUUCAAAUAUCUUACACUUCCCCAUUUUCAUUGUCAAACUGAAAACUUGGUUUUCAUGUAGCAGGUGAUCUAUCUGCGUAGUUAGUCACUUAGACGAUAGGUUGCGCCACUGAACUCAGCGCUCUUCAAUAUGGGUUUUGUGGCGCAGGCUAGAAGUAACUGAAUAACUGCAGAGGUAGAUCACCUAUUACCGAAGAUUCUGGGCGAAUAGAGUAUAUCGUCCACACAGGAAAUGGCGACUUUCGGAAGAGCAUUAAAAAGAUUCUAAUAAAACUCAUUUUACGAGUAAUUCUCUGCAAAGUGACUGUUUAACAGUGCUCCUUUUGCAAAACGAAGUUAGUAUCUGUGUUGAAGUGGCGAAAAAGGUGGAGCCAAAAUGUCAUCGUGUUUCACCAUCAGACACUAUCGCUAAUAAGGAAUGAAAUGGGCCAAAAGAACUUGAAAUGUUAACGUCUCUUCGUAAAUUAUUUACGAGAGAAAAAAAUGUUUUUGGUAUGAAUAUUGUAAAAAACUCUUGUUUUUAAAAAGCUGUCAAACACUAUCGGUGUUGAAUAUGGGAAAUGUCAGUGUCAAUGGUAAAUGUCAUCUCUCAACUGAAAGCAACAAAACUCAGUACAUAAGUAUGUCUUUGGAAGUGGAUUCUAUAACUUGGCCAGCCAGAUGGCCUAGUCUCGAAAGGGACAAACGAAAAGUGUGGUUUACGAUAGUCUCAUUGACUGUGAAUAGGAUCUUGCUCCAAGGAGUAUUGUGUGGCUCAGCAUUGAUGGCGUUGGGUGGAAUUAAAAACAUCAAACUCAUAGAAAAUAGAAAGUUAAGUAAACGCAAUAAGGAAACCAAGACUUCUAUAAUUAGCACCUUAUCUGACAGUUAGGCGCAAGAGUUCAAUUGAAGUCAAUUUCUUAUUGUAAACAAACAACGACGCUUCACGAAAAAAAAAAACUUGUUUUGCUAACGCUUGAUUUGUGUAACCCGUGCUUAUCUUGUUUUCAACUGAUUCUGAGAUCGACUCGCAGGGCCGCCGAGAUUGAUCACCGGGCUCCCUUCCCCCACAUAAAACUUAUAAAAUGUAUAUUACUCCAAUUCGGAACCCUUUCAAAGCCCGGUCCCCAAGUUUCUGACUCGACUGACAUGGCCUUUCGUCGGCCUUGUGGACUCGUCCAAGGCUAAACGCCAAAAAUCUUGAGUUGCACAGUACUGCUCUUUGGGCUUCAUCUAAAAAAUACCUUGUGUUUUUUAAAACGUGCGCAGUUUGCAACAGCGAUCACUAAUGGGGUCGCUCUUUUUAGCAGUUUUUGUAAUUUUGUAUGUUCUGAAAUUUCUGUAAAUUAAACGCAUUUUAAUAU